CAGCGGGACUCACUCGGUGAGACUUUAGACCUGCUGGGUUCUCAGGGGGGUCGGUUCUGUCGGUUCUCCACACCGGGUCACUCGGGUUCUCCUCCCCGGGCUCCGUGUUUCACACCCGGGGCAGCGUCCAGCUCCUCGGGCCGCGGCGGCUUCAUUUACUCUUUAAACUCUUUUCUACGCGCUGUGCGUAAUUUAUAUCCAAGGACCGAGGAGACGACAUCACAACAACACCAGGACCGAGGAGAGAGAGAGAGAGAGAGAGAUAGUGAGAGGGAGGGGGAGGGAGAGAGAGAGAGAGAGAGAAAAAGUUAGAGAGAGAGGGAGGAAGAGAGAGAGAAGAAUGCUCGCCGUGCUGGAUGUGUGCUGCCUGCUCCUCCUUGCGCUGCUCCCUCCCGGCGGGCUCAGCCUGUCCACACACGUGGCGCUGAUCUACCCCCAGGACCCUGUCCUGCGCAUGGGCUCCAACCUGACCGCCAGCUGCUGGGUCCACCCGGAGCUCGGCGUGCACGCCAGCUCCCUGUUCUGGACGCUCAACGGUCAGCCGCUGGCCGGCUCGUUGUACCGCGUGCUGAGCCCAACCAACCUCAGCGUGACGCUGGCCGGCCUCAACGCCUCCCGGCAAACGUCCGGCGACAACCUGGUGUGCCACAACCACAAAGGACACAUCCUGGCCGGCUCCUGCCUCUACGUCGGCAUGCCUCCGGAGAAGCCGGUGAACCUGACCUGCUGGUCCAGGAACACCAAGGACCUGACCUGCAGCUGGGCCCCCGGAGGGAGAGGAGAGACGAGCAUCAGCACCCAGUACACACUCAAGUACAAGCUCAGGUGGUACGGGAAGGAGAAGGCGUGCGAGGACUACGCCCACACAAGGCCGUACUGCUGCAGCAUCACGCGGGACCUGCACCUCUUCACGCCCUACGAGAUCUGGGUGGAGGCCUCCAACCAGCUGGGCCGCGCCGCCUCCGACGUCACCACCCUGGACAUCCUGGACGUGGUGACCACGGACCCCCCCUCCGGCGUGGCGGUGGGCCGUGUGGGCCAGCUGGAGGACCAGCUGAUCGUGCGGUGGGAGGCUCCUCCGGCUCUGAAGGACUUCCUGUUCCAGGCCAAGUACCAGAUCCGCUACAGGCUGGAGGAGAGUCAGGACUGGAAGGUGAUGGAUGAUGUGGGGAACCAGACGUCCUGCAGGUUGGCCGGACUGAGACCCGGAACUGUGUACUUCGUCCAGGUGCGCUGUAACCCGGUGGGAAUCUACGGCUCUCGCAAAGCAGGAAUCUGGAGCGAGUGGAGCCACCCAACUGCUGCAUCCACCCCCCACAGUGAGCGGCUGGCCCCGGGCUCCUGCGACUCCAAGUCCAGCGGGGACUCUAACUCCACGCUGCGCCGCGAGCUGAAGCAGUUUUUCGGCUGGGUGCGUAAACACGCGUACGGCUGCAGCAGCAUGUCCAUGAAGCUGUACGACCAGUGGAGGGUCCUGAUGCAGAAGACCCAGCACACACGCAACCAGGUCGGUUCUCCAAGGGGAUAAAUCCUAACACACGCUGCUGUUUAACCAGCAGAAAACAAGUGUGCGUGUGUGAGGGUGUGUGUGUGAGUGUGUGAGUGUGUGAACUUUAAGACAUUUUAUGGACAUUUUGGUGCCGCGAGGACAGAAACUCUUCCUCCUGAGAAGAUGUCGCUGGUUUCCUCGUCAUCAAGAGGAAGGACUGCUCUUCCUCCUCCUCACAGGAAGUCUUCAUCACCUCUUCAAUGUGGAAGCACACAGAGAGUUCCUCCCGCGGACCCACAGCGCCACCUAGUGGCGGCUCGGACUCCACGGACACCGCAAGAAUAUACACAAAAAAAGAAAAAAGUACAAAAUGCUCACUGAGUGUCACACAAGCGAGAACAUGUGUGUAUGUGUGUGUGUGUGAGUGUGUGUGUGAGAGUAUGUGUGUGUGUGUGUGUGUGCUGACGUCUCACCGCCUUUAUUUUUGUACUGAAUCGUACCGUGUGCAUAUUUAAAUGUGUAUAAAGUGAUGUUUCAUGUCUUAAGUUAUGUUAUUGUUAGUUAGCUGACUGAAGUGCUCGUCUCUCUCUCUCUCUCUCCCUCACUCUCUCUCUCUCUCUCUCGUAAAGCUAAACGUUGUAUUUCAUGCACUUUUCUUUGUGUUGUUGUUUAUUUUACUCCUUUGUCUUUUGAUUGAACUUUAAAACCUAAGAUAAAGCAAUGCUUCGUUCUGCA